UAUAUAUCGAUUAAUAAUUGGUAUAUCGUUGACCUACUCAUGUGACAGAUGUAAAAAAUUUGGUGUUUUGUGAAGAAAAAUAAUGAUAAGCCAGGUUGGAAGGGAGCUAUACAAAGUGCCGCAUCGCAUUUUAGACCACCGCGUAUUUGUCAACGGCGAAAUCGACACAUUCUUGGAUAAUUUCGAACUGAAACGCAACGAUAGCGAAGUCGAGACACUUUUCCAGGUCACCGAAAUUGUGGGUUCACUAAAGUACGAUCUCUCCGAGCGCUGCAUUGCAUUAGGUAACCAAAGGCUUACCGAACUUUCAACAGCUGUUAACAAUUUGCUUAACGACGUUGAAACCCUGCUAGAGAAGGCCAAAGUUGAACGAAAACCCAGCGUUGAGCUACAGGAGGCAAGACGAGCACGUGAGCAACGCAAGGCAGAGUUUUUAAGCAAUUUACAACACAACUAUAAACGCAUUGAUAAUUCGUUCGAGGAGAAGGAGGAGGAAAUCGCCGAACUUUAUUCGGAUUUGCAGUUAAAGUUAAACAUUAACAAAUAAGUAAAUCUACAACAUGCUGAAGUCAA